CAACAACUAUCCGUGACGGUUGUGAAUCGCAUCUUAUCGUGUCGGACUGAAAAAAGACGACUGCCGGUCGCCGCUGUUGGUUGUUGGGGAAGUUGUUGUGAAACGGCUGCGGCUCUCUGCUGGUGUGUGUGUGUGCGUGUGUUGGGAGACACCACUGCAGUGACACAGAGGGGAGGACAGCGCGGAGGAGGACAGGCGGGUGUGCGGGACGGCGAAUCAAGACCAAGGAGUGCGAGAGAGUGUCUGCGUCUGUGUCUGUGUCUGUGUCUGUGUGAGGAGACAACAAAGAGGGCCAUGUCACAGCAACAGGGGGUGCCGAGCUCUGCAGCACCCGUGCAAGGCAAUGUCAUGAACAUGGCACCGGGACAACCACAAGCCGGCACCUCAAUGCCCAUGACACAGCCAACACAGCAGCCAGCACAUCCACACCAAUCACAACUACACACACCUCAGCCAGCUGUCCAGUACAACCACGCUGGCACCACCUCAGCUGCCACGCCUGGUGUGGCAAACCCAGCAGCAACUUCAACGCCUUCGACAACCUCAAGCUCAAAACCAGCCCGACCAUCGAACCCAUAUACACACAACAUCAGCCGCACCGCGCCCGCAACCGUGGUCUGGCUGCAUGAGAACUUUGAAGCGUGCGAAGACGUGUCGCUUGGUCGCGAGCCGCUCUACAAGCACUACAUCGACCACUGCAAGGAGAUGGGCCAGGACCCCGUCAACCAGGCCAGCUUUGGCAAGCUCAUCCGAUCCGUCUUCCCAAACCUCAAGACGCGCCGGCUGGGCACGCGUGGCAACAGCAAGUACCACUACUACGGCAUACGCGUCAAGGAAACAUCGCGCCUUUACUUUGACAAAACGCAGAUUGGCGGAGCACACCACCGCUUCAGAGCAAAGUCGACGCAAAAGCCAAAGAAGAAAGUAGCGCCGACACACACAAACGAUAAGGACAGACCUCCACAUGCAGACGAACUGUCCAAGUACUGCAACACGCAGGUCGAGCUGCCUGCGUUCCCCAGCAUGGUGUCACAAGGGUUUUCUGCCAAGGAGGACUUCUCCAAACCGUACCACGCAAACUGCAAAGAGGUGCUCCGCGCCGUUGCCAGCGGAGAGUUUGACCGCGUGCAGCAGAUAUGGAACCAGUUUUGGGGUAGCAUUGCCGCGCAUUUCAAAACCGUCCUGGGCACAGAGGCCGGAUUGCAGACUGUACUGCGAUGUGACGACAUCUUUCACAACACACUCAAGAAGAUGUUGGUUGGGAAUGUGCUGCAGCCGAUUCCAGAGCAUCUCGUCAAGCAGAUUCGCUUCUUCGGGAAGCGCCUCGAGCCCUGGAUCAAGACUGCACUGGAGGGGCUGCCUGCGUCGCUGGUGCAGGCAAAGGCGACGAAAGUGCGCAACCUCGCCCACCUCCUCCGCCGCUACACAUCCCUCAACCACCUCUGCUGCGCGUCUAAGGCUGUGCUGGACGACCACCGGUCUGUGCAGGUGAUGGUGCGCGACCUCAGAUGUAUCUCCUUCGACUCUAUCAAGAUGCAAGUGAGCAUGCUUGGGCGGUGUCGCCGCUUGAAUCCACAGCACGUCCUUGACGCCUUUGAACGCCAGCUCACAAACAAGGUGUCGAUGGAUGUAUGGGCGGCGUGGCUGCAGCAGCUCGUGUGGGAAGACAUCAAGGGCGUCUCAGAUCCAAUCGCACACGCGCGGUCGUUUGUGCGCGUGUGGACGGCGUACAGCAGCGCGCUCAUGCGAGAUUUGACGCUGCGGAGUGCAGAGUCGUUUGGAUCGUACCACCUCUGUCGGCUCGUCUUUGACGAGAUUCUCAUCUUCCUGAUCGAACGCGCAGAGGAGCUGGGCCUGUGGUGUCUUGAUCCGCAGCACUUGAAGGCGGCGCUCCACCCAGGCCUCGACUUUGACCGGCUCUUUGGCUCGAACGGAAGCGGGGUUUCGACGACGCAACAAUACGCCGCUCAGAUGGCGCCACAGCCUCACCACCACCAACAGCAGCAGCAGCAGCAACAGCAGCAACACAUGCAGGCAUAUUACAGUGUACAGCCGCCGACGUCAGCAGCAACACAACAGUUGCAACAUCCACAACAACAGCAGCAAGCGUUCCAACCAUCGUCGUCACAGCCACCACCCUCAUCCACAGUGGGGACGUCACUUGCAGCCGUACCACCACCAACAACAAUGCCUCCACCUGCCACGCCGCCACACGCCAACGCUGCCGCUCGCAUGAUGCCGGGCACGCCGCUGUCACCCAACUUCAUGCAGACAACGCCUGGUCGCGGUAUGGGCGUAUCGGGUGGCAUGGACACGGCGUUUGGCGCAUCACUCGCGUUUGGCACGCCGCCGCAAGGGCUCGAGCUGACCCCGCCAUCGCUGUACAUGGGGGCGGCAACGAGCAACGACUAUGUACUUCAGGGUCGAUCGCCAGUCCUGUUUGACCCGGACCGGCUCGGUGACAGCCCGUUCAAGACGUCGCUCUCGCCGCCGCGGCCACCGGACGUGUGAUUGCUCGCGCUGUGUACCUGUCUGUGUGUGUGUGUGUGUGUGUGUGUGUGUCUGUGUCUGUGUCUGUCUGUGUCUGCAUGUGUCUUUGUCUUUGCGAACCUUUCUUUCCUUGUUCACACCUGCCACUGUUUCUUCAUUUCACAACUUUCCCUUGCCGUUCUUGUCAUUUCCCUCUCUUUGAGAUCCUUGUUGACCUGACUGUCUUGCGCACUAGCAUGCUUUCAUUGCUUGCAGGCACGCGUGCACAUGUCGCAUGACAACACUUGAUAGUCUGCGUGCACAACUGUCACUGUUAUUGCCACUGUGAUUGUUCUUUCUCUCGUUGUGUUUUGGUUUAUUGUCGCAUAUCUCCCCGCUUCUCCUCAUCACCUUAGUUUCACUCCCCAUUCUGUUUGCGUGUGCAUAUAUUGCACACAGGUACAAGAAACCCUCUACAACUCGCAA